AUGUCGCUCAUGGUCCUCAGCCUGGCGUGUGUUGGGUUCUUCUUGGUCCAGAUGGCCUGUCCACACACGGGUGGUCAGGACAAGACCUUCUUGUUUGCCCGGCCUAGUGCUGUGGUGCCUCAGGGAGGACACGUGACUCUUCGGUGUUACUAUCGUGAUGGACUUAACAACUUUACCAACUUCACUCUGUACAAAGACGACAGAAGCCACGUUCCCAUCUUUCACAGCAGAAUAUUCCAGGAGAGCUUCCUCAUGGGCCCUGUGACCCCGGCACACGCAGGGACCUACAGAUGUCGGGGAUCAUACCCGCACUCCCCAACUGAGUGGUCGGCACUCAGUGACCCCCUGGCGAUCAUGGUCACAGGAGUCCACAGAAAACCUUCCCUCCUGGCCCUCCCAGGUCCCCUGGUGAAAUCAGGAGAGACGGUCACCCUACAAUGUUCGUCAGAUACCGUGUUUGAGCACUUCUUUCUGCACAGUGAGGUGACCUUUGAGAAGCCCUUGCACCUUGUUGGAGAGCGCCAUGGUGGGGGUUCCCAGGCCAACUAUUCCAUCAAUUCCAAGAUGUCUGACCUUGCAGGGACCUACAGAUGCUAUGGUUCUGUCACUCACUCCCACUAUGUGUUGUCAGCUCCCAGUGACCCCCUGGACAUCGUGAUCACAGGUCUAUAUGAGAAACCUUCUCUCUCAGCCCAGCCAGGCCCCACGGUUCAGGCAGGAGAGAACGUGACCUUGUCCUGCAGCUCCCGGCGCUCCUUUGACAUGUACCAUCUAUCCAGGGAGGGGGAGGCCCGUGAACUUAGUCUCUCUGCAGUGCGAAGCGUCAACGGAACAUUCCAGGGCGACUUCCCUCUGGGCCCUGCCACCCACGGAGGAACCUACAGAUGCUUCGGUUCUUUCCAUACCACACCCUACAAGUGGUCACACCCGAGUGACCCACUGCCCGUUUCUGUCACAGGAAACCCUUCAGGUAGUUGGCCUUCACCCACUGAACCAAACUCCAAAACUGGUAUCACCAGACACCUGCCUAUUGUGAUUAGGUACUCGGUGGCCACCAUCAUCUUCACCAUCCUCCUCUUCUUUCUCCUUCGUCGCUGGUGCUCCGACAAAAAGAGACUCUGAUGAACCAGACCCUCAGGAGGUGACAUACGCACAGUUGGAUCACUGCGUUUUCACACGGGGAAAAAUCACUCGCCCUUCUCAGAGGCCCAAGAGACCCCCAACAGAUACCAGCGUGUACAUAGAGCU